AUGCCUACCGUGCCACUACAGUAUGAAACCUUGAAGUCUGUUCUGCUUUACAUGGAACCUAAUAUACGAUUCCGAAUCUCUCUCUGCAUGCCAGCAAUCAGCACUAUCGAGAAACGAAUUCCUUUGAAAAUUGAGAAUUUGAAGUUUACAAAUGAAAAUACGAAAAUAAAUAGGUUCUCCUAUAGACUUGGUCUUUAUCUUGAUUAUGGACGCAAUGAAAUUCCCGUUGAUGUACAUGAUUCGAAUAGUUCCGGAGGCUCUUCGGAUGACUUUGAUCAAUAUGGAUUCAUUAUAUAUCCCGGAGUCAAUGAUGUACUCCCAGGAGACAUCGAUUUGAGGAAAGGACAUCGGCACGUUUCUCGGAAUGAUAGUAAACUGAAAGAGGAAAAUUUAGUCCAGCGACUGAGAAUUUAUAAAAAGAUACUGGCCGAAAGAUUGAAUCAACAGCACAUUGAAGACGACGAGACCAGAAGGAUUGCAGUAAGUCCCUGGGAUGAAUCGCUAGAGGACUCAAUUCGAAGAAGUAUUUGGAUCUAUUCUGUUGAAGACAUUAAGUUAGCAAUUGAGACCACACGUGAGGACCUAACACCGUUCAACAAUCGUCGUGACAACAGGACUCCGCCAUACACUGCCUGCAUUCAGCUAUCCGUCAAAUCUACAAAAGGAUAUAAGUUCCAACGUGUUCUAUACAACAAGUAUCUUUAUGAAGCAGAGAAAGCAAUACACACAAAACUGUUUGGAAACCGGGAUAAGAUUAUAUCUGUGAAGAAUCUAAAAAUUGACUUGGACAAUCGAGUUCUCCGAUUUCCUGAGGGUAUUAACCUGAAAAUCGAGAAUUUAGAAGUUUCCGGUUGGAGUGCAUCUCAUUUCGAGUGCUUGAAGAGCAUUAUUGAUCCGUCAUCAUUUCCAAUUCAGCAACUCAAAAUGAAAAGUUCCCUUCGUUCUUCAGAUUUUCAACAUAACAUUGCGAGAGAGGCAAAGUCAUUGACAAUCAAUAACGAUACCAAUGAAAUUGGUUCAUGGACACCAAUCCUUCUGAAUCUGACUAACCGAAAAGUGUGUUUGAUGAAUGAGAACGAACGCUUUCCUCCAAAUAAUUAUGUGGAUUUGAUUGAGAAUUGGUUGGAGAAAGGACGUCCAGUCGGGACCACUUUUAGUAUGGGACUCGAGAACGAAGAUACAGCGAAACAGUGUUUGAAUACUCUGAGGCAGAGACUGAAGGUUUUAGUAUCUUCUGAGAAACAAGUCCAACUCCGUAUCAAUGCUUCAUUGACGCUCACUGUCUUUUAUGUUGAGCAAGACAGUUUUCCUUGUGAUUCUGAAUCAAAUUAUUGGCUGAGACUAAAAGUGGUUCGUAACAGAUCUGAAUAA